AUGUACAUAUUUCUGGAGUACAUGCCCGGGGGCUCCCUGAACCACCUGCUGGCGCAAAACGGGGCUUUCGACGAGCCCCAGAUGGCCAGCUACUCGCGCCAGGUGCUGGAUGCCCUCCACUACCUGCACACGAGGAAGCCGGCCAUCCUCCACCGGGACAUCAAGACUGCCAAUAUCCUCCUAGGCGUGGACGGCAUAGUGAAGUUGGCAGACUUCGGAUGCUCGAAGCGUGCAUCAGGAAAUGCUGUGCACACCCUGAGAGGCUCUGUGCAGUGGAUGGCACCGGAAGUGAUAAACCAGCAGCCCUACGGACGCAAGGCAGACAUCUGGAGUUUCGGCUGCGUCCUCAUCGAGAUGCUUACAACUCGACCGCCCUGGGGCCACUUCGAAACCAACGUAGCGGCCAUGAUUCACGUGGCAACUAGCAAG